AGUUCGGCGUGCCUCCGAGAUGAAGGUAUUUCUGCUAUUGUUGGCUGGCGUGGCGACUGCUUCAGCGGGGAACGCAAUAGCCUGGCCUGGCGCAAUCCCUGUCUCCAGAAUACUGCAGAAAACCACAUUAUCUCCUGAGACCAAGACCUUCAGCUUUCCAUUAUCUCAGUACAUUAAUGCGUUGCCGGUACCCUAUCAGUUUCAAACUCCACAAUAUGCUUACCAAUAUCCGCAACUAAAUCCUAUUUCUCCUGUACACCCAGGUUUUGGGUUGCACGUACAAGGGCCGCCUUACUAUACAAGUGGUGCUAUAUAUUAUCCACCAGUAGCACCCGUCAGUCCUAUUGCUACUUACCCUACGAUCAUUCCCGCCAUUCCCGGGCCUGCCCAACCGCCCCUGCAAUCUCAACACCCAGGACUACCCCCUGCGGAUCAACCAGCUGGUGAUGCCGAUACUGCUGUCGUUGACUCAGCUGAGUUCCCGCUACAAGACCAACAACAGUCUUCACCAGCACCAACACCUCCCACAUCACAAUUCCCGCCAGCAAGCAACUUCCCCUUUUUCCCACAGCAAGGACAAAACCCGCAAAAUCCUCCACAAAACGUACAAGAUGUAGAGUCAUCCAGCCCGCAGACGCCGGAAAGUUCUGGCUCUCCGUCCUUACCUCAAUUCCCGCAGACUCCUCAGUUUCCUCAGUUUCCUCAAUUUCCUCAAUUUCCUCAGGGUUCAGGGACGCCCUCAUUUCCCCAAUUACCACAGUUUCCGUCCGUACCUGGUUUUCCUCAACUUCCACAAUUCCCAUCAAAUCCAUCAAGUCCUCAGCAACCCGCCCCCUCUCCCCCCUCGACUUUCCCUUCAGGUAACAAUGACGACAAAGGACUGAACGAUGAAGACACAGUAUCUAUAGAGUCGAUCUAAAAAUGUUAAUCCUAUGUAUUCUUAAAUAAUAUACUUUGUAGUAAAAUUGAAGAUUAUUUUUAUUUUUGGAAUAAUUUAAGUAUCUACUGUUAGCAUAGUACUUACUAAGUGUUUAAAUAAAUAUUAUAAAAGUAUUCUCAUGUAUUAUAAUUCUAUUCAUACACAUUAGCAUUAAAUUAAAAUACUUUAUUACAAAAAUU